ACCCUUACUAACCUAAACCUAACCCUAACCCUUCCUCUUCAGAUUUUUUCUUCUCAUUUCAUCAGAAAACUAAACCCUAGCAGAGCCCAUCAUCCAUGAAAACCAAACCCUAGCAGUGUUUUUUUUCAAAUUCAUGGAGGCUCCACUGGUGUCGGCUCCGCCUCACCGCCGAUUUGGAUUUGCACGACCACCACACACCUCAUUCUAGAAGGAAGAUUCACUACUUCUAUGCUUGUUUUGUUUGCGUUCGUGUUUCUUCGUCUGCCACUACGAGGUUAUGCGUAAUAGCGACGAGCUCAAUUUCUCCGUUGGAUUCGCUUCAGCUUUGUUCCCGCUCGAUAACUUCUUUGUAUCGCCAAGGUGCAGUUGCAGAUUGAACUGCAACGAUGAAGACAACGAUGAAUUUAGAGUGAGGAAGCUUAAGUUAAGGAUUUCGUGUCGCCAAGAUCAUGCUACUGCUGGUGCAAGUCAGAACAAUAGAGAGGAAGUAGAUGUUUGGUCAGUCUUUGUAGGCAAUAUGCAUGUCGAGAGGCUCCUCGCUAGGCAUCUGGAUCCUGAAGCGGAGUAGUACCUAGGUUCAUUUUGGGUUUUGUUUGUAUAUAUGUAAAUAUGUAUCUAGCUUGCUCUCCAAGAAAACUUGUUUAUUUUGUUCCCCAUAUAGGCUGAGGGACAACUAGGACCUUAUUUUGUAUUUUGAGUAUUUUGGGAUACCUGUAUAUGUAUGUAUAUAUAUUCUCCGGCCAGCCUUGGCUUCGCAAGCUGAGUCAGGAGCUAGUUAUGAUAUAUUAUUGUCCUUCUUUUCUACGUCGCUUAUCCUUAUCCUUAUC